GGCAAACUUCACUUUUCUCGUUUACGCAACUGCCGACUGCUACUGGUGAUCUCGGUGCUCUCCAGUUUAUUAUUCUCGAAUUUUCAUCGGAAAAUUAAUAAAAGUCGAAUCGAAAUGUUGAGAUUAGUGGCUGGACGUGCAGUCAAUGCUGCCCGGGGACUGAUGAUUCCCAGAGUAGCUGCUCUCGGGAUACCACCAACAAGAUCAGCACAUGGGAAUGAAGAGACUGACGAGGAAUUCGAUGCCAGAUACGAGGCCUUCUUCAAUCGUCCUGACAUCGAUAACUGGGAAAUUCGUAAAGCUAUGAAUGAUCUCGCUGGUAUGGAUCUUGUCCCAGAGCCAAAAAUCGUCAUUGCAGCACUGAAAGCUUGUCGCAGACUUAAUGACUUUGCACUGGCCAUCAGGUUUCUGGAGACAGUAAAAUUCAAGGGUGGAAAUGAGGCCCACAUAACCUGGCCCUACAUUGUUCAGGAAAUUCGUCCAACCCUCGAUGAACUUGGAAUUAACACACCCGAAGAACUCGGUUACGACAAACCCGAAUUGGCACUCCCACCUCCAUAUGACUGUCACUAGUUUUCAUAUUUUCCAAUAAAAAAGAACACUAGUCUUAACUUCUUAGAAAUUGAUUCGAUAUUCGCUAUAAUUUUCGACACAGAGAAAAAAUGAGAUGCCGAAAAUAAUGAAGAAGCAAUGAAAAACAUGUGUACAUUAUUUCCUUGUUGAAAACAAUUUAUUAAUGAAUAAAGAGGAGACGAUGAUUGAGGUAUUGAAACCAUUAUUUGGAUUGUUGGUUUUUUCUUCUGGAAGGGCUGAUAAAUAAAACAAGAUUCUAUAA